AGUCUCGAGCUCUGUUAAUGUCAGUGAUUAUUACUGAUUUGAUUCAAAAUUCAAACCCUUUUUGGUUUUGGGAAUUUGUGAUUCAAUGGAUAUGCUUAAAGGAUUGAUUUUGAUUUUAUUGAGCCACCAAUUCUCAAAAGUAUUUAACGAAGAGACUCUCUCAUAUAUUCCAAAUUCGAAAUCAAGGGGAAGCUCAAAGGUUUGGUUUUUAAUGGUUCUUGGGUGACUUAAAGUGUUUUGGCUCUUGGGUAUUGAUGCAGCAAUUAGUAUUCCCUCUCUUAAAGAUAGAUGGAGCCUUCAGGAAUAUUAAUAUAUAUAUAUACGAGGGUCAGGUCCAUAGGCAUAUAUUGUCACAGAGUUUUUGCUAUUUUUCUCGUUGAUAUAUUGUUUGAUGGCUGAAGUUUCAGAAGAUCCCAAGUUUACUUUGAGACUUUUAAUCGAUGAAGAGAAGAACAAGGUCUUUUUGGCUGAGGCUGAUAGAGAUUUUGUCGAUGUACUCUUCAGUUUUCUGACGUUACCGAUGGGCACCAUUGUCAGAUUGAUCGAGAAGCAUCGAAAAUCUGAGAGUAUUGGUUGUUUUAGCAACCUCUACAACAGCGUUGCGGACGUAGGGGUUGACAAUUUCGAGACUGAAGCGUGUCAGGAGAUGUUGCUUAAUCCAAGGAGUGUGAAGGGGAUCCAUUGCAAAAGGCUUAAGCUCAACAUCAACCCUGUUGAUGAUCUCAACUACUUUAAGUGCUCUUCGUUCUCAGACUGCAACGUCUGCAGUAAGUUUAGCGGCUCUGAGUGUGUCUGCGGAGAGUUGAUGGACCAGAAAAUUGAAUUAUCUGAAGAAGAUCAACUAGCAAGUGGUGGUAGCAUACGAAAUGGUGUUGAUGGAGUCUUUGUCAAAGGCAGGUCUUCAUUCAUUAUCACCGAUGACUUUCUUGUCUCUGUUGGUUCUACUGGUCUCGUCUUGAAAACGCUCAAUCGUCUAGGUUGUUCUGAUGUUAGUAAGCUUGGUGAACAGUUUCUUGAUGUUGGUCUCCAAGAGAUUCUUACACUUCUGGAGAAUAUGAUCUUUUCAAAUACUCCCUUGACAAACACUUUCUUGAAGAAGCAAAGUCCACGUGAUGUUAAUGACAUACAGAAGCUUUUGAUGAGUCUAGGUGUGAAGGUAAAAACAGAAUUUACUUUGGAGUUGGAUGCAAUAGUAAGGAAGCAGGACAUGAAGAUUUUAUAUGUUGAAUGUGGUGAAGACUUUGUUGAUUUUCUCUUCACCUUCCUGGCUGUCCCUCUGGAAUUUGUAUGUGAUAUCAAUUUAGGGUGCAUUGGAAAUCUCCGGAGAAGCUUCAAAGACUUGAGUGUUGUUGAUCAUACAGCUUCCAAAUGUGUGCUUCCUUAUUACUAUAAAUGUCAGAAGCAGUUGUCUGGCAUCACCAUUGAAGAACCACCGGAGUACUACCGUUAUAGGAAUUCCAAUCCUCGCCAACCGGACUAUAGUUUGACCACAGAUCCUGAUAGGACUCUCCUCUAUCGUAAGGACAGACUAGUUCCUGUGACUUUGAUUGAUCCAAAAUGUCGUGGUAAAGAUCAGUCAGAGAAUGGUAGUGGUGGGUUUGUGAAGAGAGGAACAAGGUUUACAGUUACAGAUGAUCUGAUAAUCACACCUAGGAAUUCCUUGAGCACAUCUAUUUGCCUUCUGAAGAAGUUGCAGAUUCAGGCGGAUGAUCUGGAGGUGCAAGUAAUUAGCAUCCGUGAAGCCGAGGCAAUGAGUCUGAUGAGAGCUUCUUUGUUGACAUCCUCUGCUUUGAACUCUGCUUUUUGGAACUUGAUUGCGAAGAAGAAGAUCAAAGAAGAGACUUGAAGGAACAGAGGUCCUCAGUUGCUAGUGCUUCUUUAUUAUGAUCUGUUCUUAAACCAUGAUCUUGAACUAUUUAGACUCCACAUUGUUCUAGCUUUUCUAUUUUUGCUGGUUUUUCCUUGGAUUUCUGUAGACUUGAAACUUCA